AUGAACACCUCCAACCAGCAGUAUUACGGCGGCAACGCCUACCAGACUCGCUCUGACCUCCUCUCCGGUCUUCGCACCGAGGGACUCGGUCUCGGCUCCGUCUUCCCUUCUCAGGGUGCCUCGCAGCAGUUCUAUCCUCAACACCAGGCACAACAGAACAACCACUCAUACCGCACUGCCGAGUCGCUGCGUGACAUUUCCGCCUUGCAAGCUAGUCUCGAAGAUCAGCUUGCUGCCAUGCGUCUUCAGUCGGGUGCUCAGCUUGGGAACUCCCACUACCAGAAUGGAUAUGGCCAGCAACAGCAGCAGCAGCAGCAGCAACAGUACGCCGAGCAAUAUGGCAACAGCAACAACCACCAACAGCAGCAGCAGCAGCAGUAUAUGCAGAUGCAGUUGCAGCAACAGUUUGCUCGGCAGCAGGCCGCAGUGCAGCAGCAGAAGGCUGAGCUGCUCCGACUUCAAGCUCUUCAGAAGCAGCAGCAAUACGGACAGCAGCAGUACAAUCAACAACAGCUUGCCGCCCAACAGCGGUUCCUUCUCUCCCAACUUCAAAGUGGCAAUGAUGGUUUUGAGAAUGGCUCAUCGCACCAUGCCGACCUCAUGAACCAGGCCCAGACUGCAGCUGCGUCUGCACAGGAGCAGAGGCAGGCUGCUCAAGCCAGCAUCCAAGCUAGCCUGCGUCAGCGUCAGGUCCAGCAGCUCUACCAGACCAUGGGUCUCGAGAAUGAUGUGCACGGUGGUGCUACAUACAACGAGCUUUCUCAGCAGUCGAUGCAGCAGCAACAGCAGCAGCAGCUUCACCUGCAAAACAUCCUCAACCGACACACGCGCAAGGUUAGCAGCGAAGGACCCUCGCCUGCCCGCACUCCCUUGAAUCAGCGAAGCUGGCGAGGUGGAGCUGUGCCUGGCGAGGACAGACUGCCUACACCUCCUGGUCAGCGCGGUGGCUCGCCUGCUUCGAGCGUUCAAUCUCGCAAAGGCAUGCGCCCCUCGUCCGGCACCACUGACAGUAUCAUGUCGAUGCGCUCCCGCACUGUGACCCCUUCGAUCGUUAUCGACGACAGCGCCUCCGAAGACUCUCGCGCUCAGUCUGAUGAUCAGGUCGAAGGCGACCAGACGCCCGAGACGAGCGAAGAAGACCUCGAAGUCAACACGCCUCUGGCCAAAGCUCAAUCCACCACGCCCACACCUCACCAGAUGCAGGCACCGAAGCAGCUCGCCAACAGUCUCUACGGAUCGCUUGGUCGAGGAGCCGUAGCCUGCGCGCCCACUUCGACUUGCUCGACACCACCCAUCCCAGCACCCAAGGCCAUCUCUCGUGCCAUUCAUCUCUCAGCUGCUCCCACCCACCGCGCUUUCAAGACCAACGGCAGUGCCUCGGACAGCAACACUCCCAUCAACAACGCCGGUCUCACACUCCCGCCCAUCCAACCUCGUCGUCAGCCCAAAGGUCAACCCAACGACUUCCAGAAAGUCAACUUCCAAGCUCGCAUGAACAGUCGUCUGCGCAAAGACGCCAUGUCGAAGCUAUGCGCCAGUCCGCGUGCUGCAAGCUUUGGUGGCAAUGGGAUGAGUUUUGGCGCUCGUUUGUCGAGCGCAGGUAGCAGUGUUGGCGUCGGUGCUGCUCGGUAG